GGCUUGUGAUCAGGAGCCCAUUGGUAUGGCGAUGGAUGAUGGGAGUGGCAUGGGGAUGGGUGCGGGGUGGAUGGACGUGAUGAUGAUGGCGAAGACCUUCCAUCGGUGACGAACGGGAGGGGUUGCCGGGUUGGGGCAAUGGGCUGGCUGGUGCCCCCAAACGGGGAGCGCUCGAUGGCAACAAAACCGGGGCCAUGGACAGGUCGACGUCACAUCUUUGCUGAAGACACACAAACAUACAAGCACACGCACAACACAAGUUGUGAGCUACACUCGAUCUUAAGCAGAGGAACAAGAACAAGAAGAUGAACAAGUCAAUCAAGCUGGUUACUGUUGGCGAUGGGGCUGUGGGCAAGACCUCGCUCCUGAUGUCGUACUCGAGCAACGCGUACUCGGAGGACUACCUGCCGACGAUCUUUGAUAACUACUCGGUGACGGUGAUGGCUGGCGGCAAGCCUGUCUUCCUCGGCCUGUGGGACACGGCUGGGCAGGAGGACUACGAUCGGCUCCGCCCGCUCUCGUACCCGCAGACCGACGUCUUCCUCGUCUGCUUCUCGCUCAUUUCGCACGCUUCGCUCGCCAACGUCCGCGAGAAGUGGAUUCCCGAGAUCCGCCACCACUGCCCGCACGUCCCGAUUGUGCUCGCAGGGACCAAGUCUGAUCUGCGCGCCGACAAGGCGACACUGGAGGGUCUGCGUGGCCGCGGCGAGACGCCGGUCACCUACGAGCAGGGCGUCCGCGCCGCGCGCGAGAUCGGCGCCACCUAUGUCGAGUGUUCGGCCAAGGAGGCCAAGGGCAUCAAGAGCGUCUUUGACCAGGCCGUUAACCUCGCCCUUGCGCCGCCGUCGAUGGCCAAGAAGAAGAAGUGCGCCAUUCUCUAGCUUCAUCCACCUGCAAGCCCGAGGCCGCUUCUUGGACCGGCACUGCAGCCGGCCAUCGGGAAUUGGAGGCUCCGAGGGCAAGACCAACACCAACACAAUGAACCUUCACAUCACAUGA